GCCGGCGCGUGCGUGUGAGGUCAUCGCGCGGACGGGCGGGCGGGGUCGGCGGUUUGAACGAGACGAAGACGGAACCGGAGCCGGGCGCGGGCAGUGGACACGGUUCCGCCGAGAGCCGAAGAUGGCAGUGAAUGUAUACUCGACGUCAGUCACCAGUGAUAACUUAAGUCGACAUGAUAUGCUGGCCUGGAUCAAUGAGUCUCUGCAGUUGAAUUUGACAAAGAUCGAACAGUUGUGCUCAGGAGCUGCCUAUUGUCAGUUUAUGGACAUGCUGUUCCCUGGCUCCAUUGCUUUGAAGAAAGUGAAAUUCCAAGCUAAGCUAGAACACGAGUACAUUCAGAACUUCAAAAUACUACAAGCAGGUUUUAAGAGGAUGGGUGUUGACAAAAUAAUUCCUGUGGAUAAAUUAGUAAAAGGAAAGUUUCAGGAUAAUUUUGAAUUCGUUCAGUGGUUCAAGAAAUUUUUUGAUGCAAACUAUGACGGAAAAGACUAUGACCCUGUGGCUGCCAGACAAGGUCAAGAAACUGCGGUGGCUCCCUCCCUUGUUGCUCCAGCUCUGAAUAAACCGAAGAAACCUCUCAGCUCUAGCAGUGCAGGUAAAAAAACAACAACCCCAAAACGUUAUUUCCAAAUAAUAGUAUUCCAGGCACAGGUCAACGUAUUGAAACUUACUGUCGAAGACUUGGAGAAAGAGAGAGAUUUCUACUUCGGAAAACUAAGGAACAUUGAAUUGAUUUGCCAGGAGAACGAGGGGGAAAAUGACCCUGUAUUGCAGAGGAUCGUAGACAUUCUUUAUGCCACAGAUGAAGGCUUUGUGAUACCUGAUGAAGGGGGCCCACAGGAGGAACAAGAAGAGUAUUAACAGCCUGGACUAGCACAACAACAUCCGAAUUCUUCACUCCAAAUCAUGUGCUUAACUGUAAAAUACUCCCUUUUGUUAUUCUUAGAGGACUCACUGGUUUCUUUUCAUAAGCAAAAAGUACCUCUUCUUAAAGUGCACUUUGCAGAAGUUUCACUCCUUUUCCAAUAAGUUUGAGUUAGGAGCUUUUACCUUUCUAGGAGAGCAGUAUUAACAUCUAGUUGGUUCACCUGGGGGAACAGAGAGGCUGCCAUGGGGCUCACCGUGUGGAUGCGGGUCACACUGAUCGCUGGAGAAGGUGUUAUGUAAUACACUGAGGUGGUGACCUCAGUAGAGAAAUGUAAAGACUGAAUUGAAUUUUAAGCUAAUGUGAAAUUUUGGCAGAGAACAUUGUAAUAAAUAAAUGCCUUAAGAGUAUUUAAAAUAUGCUUCCAUAUUUCAAAGUAUAAAAUAUAACAAGACAGGAGAUUUUAUGUGUUUGACAUUGUAUCUGGAAAGGAAGGGCCAGACCUCAGAACCUUUGGAAACUGCUGUCACGGGUCUUACAGGGCUGCUUGAAUCCUCACAGGCCUAGGCUUUGGCCCAAAAGGAAAGUUUAAAAAGUUGCUCUGUAAAGCCAUUUGGUGUCAUUGACCAAUUGCAUCCCUGCUAAAAAAGCAAGAGGCAUUGUUGCCCGGAUGAAUAGAGGGUGUUUCAGCCCUGAGAUUUUGUGAGUUGAAGAGCUCGAUUUUCAUUGAGCAUUUCUCUAACAACUUUUCCGAUUAUCCCUGAGAUUUCUAUGUAUUAUGCUUUUUGGGAAUUGAGGUGUGUCCAGUUUUUUAAUCUAACAACUACUUUUGGGGACUUGCCCACAUCUCUGGGAUUUGAAUGGGGAUUGUGUCCCAUUUUACUGUCUUAGGUUUACAUUUAACAUGUUUCUCUUCUCUGUUCCCCUUGCCCACUGGGGACUCCUCUUUGGCUCCUUAAAGUUUGCUGCUUAGAGUUGAAAGUGCAGCAGGCAGGUGAUCAUGCUGCAAGUUUUUUCUGGACCUCUGGCAAAGGAAGUGAUCAGUGAAGGCCAUUGUUAUUUGGGAUCUGCAAGGCUGGGGUGUUUUUGGUAUCUGCUGCCCAUAGCUCUCCACUGUUAGCCGAAUACUUUGCCAGUGCACUAAUCUCUUUGGAGAUAAAAUUCAUUAGUGUGUUACUAAAUGUUAAUUUUCUUUUGCAGAAAAUACAGUACCAUGUCUGAAUUAAUUAUUAAUAUUUAAAAUAUUUCCUUCCUUAACUCUCCCUCAUUUUCUUUGCCCACAGCCUAUUCAAUCCCUUUGUUUGGCAGAGUUCUGCAAAAUGUGUGUCACCCACUACUGAGAUUGUUCAGCCCCUGAUGUAUUUGUAUUGAUUUGUUUCUGGUGGUAGCUUGUCCUAAAAUGUGUGUAGAAAGCAAGUAUUUUAUGAUAAAAUUGUGUAGUGCAUGCUCUGUGUGGAAUUGAGAGGAAAACCCAGAUUCAUUGAUUAACAAUGCCAAAAAAUGCAAGUAACUAGCCAUUGUUCAAAUGACAGUGGUGCUAUUUCUCUUUUGUGGCCUUUUAGACUUUUGUUGCCCUAAAAUUCCAUUUUAUUGGGAACCCAUUUUCCACCUGGUCUUUCUUGACAGGGUUUUUUUCUACUUUAAACAAUUUCUAAAUAAAAUUCUGCAUUUCAAGAGU